GGUGAAAACAGCUUUGAAUGUGAAUGUGAGACCGGGUAUACAGGAGUCAUGUGUGAAACAAUGAAAGAUAAUUGUGCUGGAAUUCUAACAUGCCAAAAUGAUGGAGAAUGUAUAAGUUUACAAGACACUUCUUUUUGCAGAUGUGAAGGUGGAGCUACAGGAGAUAAAUGUGAAAGUGCCACCCUCUUGUGUAAAACACUUUCAAACACAGAUGCUUGUAUAAAUAAUGGUGUAUGUGUAUAAAUGCACAGGGUACAGCAACAUGUGUAUGCCCUGUAGUGUAUGACAAGGACAGAUGUUAUAUGGAGGAAGGAAUAGAUGAGACAGGUGGUGGACAGUUGGUUAAUCCUAAAAUUUCAACCAAACUUGUAAAUUCUGCUGAUGAAUGUAAGACUUUGUGUUUAAACAACAAUGAAUGCACGGCCGUGUCAUACUCGGAAUCUGGUUCUUCCAAGUUUUGUCAGUUCUAUACAGUUGGUGAAGAAAAAAUAGGUACAGUAAGUGGUUCUACACACUACAGAAGAAACUGUCCAGAAGAUUACAAAGGUAAAUCAUGUGAGAUUGUGACAGAUUGGUGCACUGACAACCCAUGUAAGAAUGAUGGACGAUGUAAACAGUUAGAUCCAGUAGGGUAUGAAUGCGAGUGUAUGCCAGGUUACAGUGGUGCUACAUGUGAGAUAGUAGCUGAUCCAUGUGCCAACACUCCAUGUCUUAACAGAGCUGAUUGUCAGGCAACAUCACUAUCAACACAUGAUUGUCUAUGUACAGAAGGGAGAACAUGGACAGGAACAUCUUGUAAAAAUUCAAGAACAGAAUAUACAAUGUUGGUAAAUGCUGCAGAUCGACUCAAGAUGCCAGCUACCUUGCAGACAUUAUUCCAUUUGAAGAGUGAUGAGCUAUCUGUAAUGAUGUGGCUCAGGGUUCAUAUGGUGAACUCAGAAGUUCCUCUAGGCACUGUGUUUGCUUUAGUUGCGACAGAGGACAAGACACUACCAGAAGAUCUGAUAUAUGACUUUAGCCUAACAGUCAGUGUGGCUGGAAUUUAUGUAAGAUACGGGUUGGAUGAACCCGUUGGUAUAUCAUUUGUAACGGAGGAUCUUUUUGGAGAUAUUUUAUUUGAUGGAGAAUGGCAUCAUCUUGGAAUUUCAAUGACUAGUAGCGGAAUGUUAUCGGCAUCAUUAGAUUCGCUACAUGUCCAGGAACCAGUUGACACCGGCCGGAACCUUCAACUUGAUUACAAUGCACAAAUAUAUUUAGGAUAUGGCCAUGUUGUUGAGUACAGAGAUGUUGAAGUUUACAAUAAGUUUUUUGAAACUAGUGUGUUUUCUAAGGCAUCUACUGGAGGGGACAGGCCUGAUAUUCCUCCUGUUCAGAGUUUUCAAAAUUACAACCUCUAUCCUUCAACAUCAAUGAGUGAAAAAGACCUGGACAGCAAUAUUAUAAAGAAUCCAAACUUAAAAGUUCCAACUUUGGAUUGUGAGGAUGUUGAUGAUAUAUAUUACGCUACUACUGAGCGUCUAGUGUCAAUGAGCACAGUAUCUGACUUAGUUAACGUCUAUGAGCAAGUGAAAAAAAAUAGCGGAUCAACCCUGGAAUACAUGCACACAAUUGAAUCAACAAUUACAUGGGGAGCUUAUCCUCUGAUAAUCAUUGGCAAGGAUAAAGAUACAGAAAAUUAUGGACAAUGUUCAGGAAAACUUAUCAUUCGAUACAACAGUGCAUGUCCAGCAGUAAAUGAGUUAUUUAGUGAUACUGUGAGCUAUAGACAGUGUUCUGCUGAUAUUGGUGGUUAUUGCGAUGUUAAAUGUAUAGAUGACUCCAAAGUUCUAGCAGCCCCUGUACCAUACUAUAUUACAUGUGGAACACUUGGUGUUUAUGAUUACAGGAUGCCAUAUGCUGAAACAUAUUAUCCAGCAUGUGUAGACACAUCAGCUGUGAAAUAUAAGCUGGUAGCUUCUAUGAAGUAUAAAUUAGAGACAGAAUGUUCUAAAACUCGAGAAAGUAUUCUUGACAUCAUUGAUGAUAGAGUAAGAGAUAGCUUUACGGAUGAUAUCAGACCAAAAUGGAUUGACAUUUGUGAUGACAACACUUGCACUAAUUUGAAGGACAUUACCUAUAAGUGUGACACAAAUGAUGUUUUUAACGUUGUUGUGGAGUUUUCUCUAGUGUUAACUAGUACAACUUUACAAGCAACAGGAGGUGGUAUAGUGGAUAUUGAAGAUGCACUAAAAAUUAUCAUCCGUAAUGAGCAACUUAUAGAUAUAAAGACUGUAUCUGGUGCUGUUUUACAAGUAGAUACUGUUGUCAUCGGAAAAGUACUAGAAUGUCCAACAGGAAACUGGAUCGAUAUGACAGGCGAUUCACCUUUAUGUGUUCCAUGUUCUGCUGGCUACUAUCUGAAUAAUGGAGAGUGUAUGCCAUGUGAUUAUGAUCACUACCAAGUGAAUGAAGCCCAGACAAUGUGUGAUAAAUGCCCAGAUGAAAAAGUUACAUACCGCAGAGGUGCCAAAGAUGUAAAUGAAUGCAAAGUGAAAUGUCCAGCAGGUCAAUAUUAUGACAAGGCUGAAGAGAAGUGUGUUGCUUGCAGAAGACAUUUUUAUCAGCAUGAGGAAGGCAAGAAUUUUUGUGUACCCUGUAAAAAUGAGUACAAAACUGUAGGUGAAGGAUCGGACAGUGAAAAUGAUUGUAAAGUGGACUGCCCAGCAGGAGAGGCACGAAGUGAUGAAGACAGUCAGUGUGAAUUGUGUCCACGGGGCUACUGGCGAAGUCUGACUUUCGAUGAUUGUCAAAAAUGUCCUAACAAUAAGACAACUUUUUUGAAUGAACAUGCCAAAGAUGUGUCUGAUUGUAAAAUGGAUAUUUGCGACCUGGGAAGUUAUUUUGACAAGGAAGAUAGUAUGGAGUGUAAGAAAUGUCCUGUUGGGUUUUAUCAAGACAAAGAGCUGGAACUUAAGUGUGAACCAUGCCCUGGUAACUUGACUACAAGAGAAGAGGGUGCUAACAAUAAAGACAUAUGUGAAUUCUACUGUCCUGUUGGCUAUGAGAUAAAGAAUGGGAACCAGUGUGUACCAUGUGAGAGGGGUUUUUAUAAAGAUAAUGUUGGUACAGCACAAUUUGACCGUUGUAAACAGUGUCCUGAAGACACAACAGACAUGAUGGGAGCCACAUCAUCAGAGGAUUGUAAAAUACCUAUAUGUCGUGCAGGCCAGUUUAUAGAGGACGGGAUAUGUAAAGACUGUCCGCAAGACUUUUAUUCUGACGAUGAAUCACCAACAUCCAGCACUCAAUGUAAAGCAUGCCCUAAUCUUUAUGGCACUGAAGGGCCAGGUUCCACUUCUGAUAAAUGCACACGGUACUGCCCAGCUGGAUUAUUUUUAAAUGGAGACAAAUGUGAGCAGUGCGCACGAGGUUACUACAAAGACAAUGCUGGUAAUACAAGGUUUGAUAACUGUAGGAAAUGCCCUGAUAAAAAUGGGAAAGAGACAACAACAGACAAGCUUGGUUCUGAAAGUGUUGAUGCUUGUAGUGUUUAUAAAUGUGAGGCCGGCUUUGUCUCCACAGACUCUGGAUGUGAGCCUUGUGACCUGAACUUUUACCAGCCAGUACAAUUUCCACUAUCAACUGAUAAAUGCAAGCCAUGCCCACCAAAAGAUGGCCGAAUUACUAAUACAAAGACUGAAGGAACAACAACUGUUGAAAAUUGUCUGCCUAUAUGUGAUGCUGGACGGUUUUUCUCGGAGUCAACUUGUAAGCCAUGUGAAAGAGGGACAUAUAAAGAGAAUGUUGGUGCUGCUAGAUUUGAGGACUGUACUAUCUGUCCUGAUAGUAAAACUACCGAGAAUACAGGGGCAGUCAGUGAAUCUUUGUGUACUUUACCAAAGUGCGUAGCAGGCCAAUAUCUGAAGGAUAAUGUAUGCACUGAUUGUGACAUGGAUUAUUACUCUGAAGUUGAAUAUCCAAACUCGCAAGUACAAUGUAUUCCAUGUGGAACUACAAAUGGCAUUGUUUAUGGCACUGAACAAACAGGAACAGAUAAAUCUUCACUUUGUAAACCAACUUGUCCCGGAGGGAAACAAUAUAAUGCAGACACACUACAAUGUGAGAGUUGUCCAAUAGAGAGUUUUAAAGGUGAUGAUGACAGAUUUGGUUCAUGUGUAGAAUGUGAAACAGUGAAACCUGGAUAUGUAGCCAGUAAUGUUGGAUCUAAAUCAGCUGAACAGUGCACAAUACGUAUGUCAUUUACUUACAUAGAAAAUGAAUUCACAAUCAUCAUUUAUAUCAGUAUAAUAAUGAAUAUUUCAGACAAGUGCCCAGCAGGAAAAUAUUUUGUGGUAGAGAAUGAUAAGAUAGUUUGUAGAGAAUGCCAGAUAGGCAGAUAUAGUGAUACGGAAAUGGUGGAAACGUGUACUGUAUGUCCAGAUGAUAAAACAACACAAGCUGUUGGCACUAAGUCAGCUGGAAUGUGUAUCUUGGACUGCCAGGCUGGUGCUGGUUACAGAACUAAUCUUGCAACUUGUUCUAGCUGUCCUAAAGGUCAAUACAACAAAAAAGAGGGGCAGAAUCCAAACACCUGUAAAUUAUGUCCAGCUGGUUCUACAAAUUACCAGAGUGGAUCAACAUCUUGUGCUUUUGACAUAUCCCCGAUCCCUGACAACCGUAUAAAUCUGAAAUUUGUUGGUAAGGUUGAGGUAGCUAUAAAUGAGUGUUCUGAUACUGACAGCAUUAAUGGUAUAACAAAUCAAGUUGAACAAACUGCACGAAAAGUGUUCCAAGAUCGGACAAAUGCACGUUAUAAUGGCGAACAAAAAUUCUGUCAUGGAGAUAGCUGUGAUAAUCUUGAUGCUUCUCAAAAUCCAUCGUGUGAAGUAAUUACUAGACGAAAGAGAGCUAUAACCCACAGACUUACAAUAUCUUUUGUAUUUAAUGAUAUCAGUGAAUUUAUCACAGAUACCCUGGAUAACAAUGCUAAUAUUGAGGCUGUUGAAGUUAUCAGUCAGAUUUUAAGGUUAUAUGCAGCAGAAUUAUCUGACCAAGUAAAAGAAAUAAUAUUUGUGGGUUACCAAGACGUCACUGUAGAAGAUCUCUGUGAAGUUGGGGAGUAUCGGGUAGAUUCAAAAUGUGAACCAUGUGCUGCUGGUAAUUACGGAUCAUCAAGUGGAGUCUGUGAAAUGUGUCCACUAAAUACAUACCAGAAUUUGAUUGGUCAAAAAGAAUGUAAAUCAUGUGCUGAUAAAACAUACACAGAAAACAAGGGAUCUACAGCUGUAUCACAGUGUAUAGCCAUCUGCCAGGCAGGAUAUGAGUUUAAUUCGGAUACAAAGACCUGUUCUCAAUGUGUUCUUGGCUAUUACAAGGCUGAGGAAGGCAACGAAAAUGCUUGUGUCAAGUGUAGCAAUGGCAAAACAACAAAAACUACAGGAUCUAAAUCACAAGAUGAUUGCUCUGAAACUUUGUGUCAAGCAGGAGAAUAUUCUGAAACUGAUGUGAAUUUAGAUACAAUUAGAUGUCUUCCAUGUCCUGUUGGCACAUAUAACCCGGAUAUAAUGUCUUCUAAAUGUGAAAAUUGUGCAAGUACUGAAACAACACUAGGCACAGGCAAGAAAUCUAAAGAUGACUGUAUAGAAAAAUGUGCUGCUGGUUAUGGAUACCAACUUAAGAAGGAUCAGUGUGAAAUCUGUCCAGCUGGACAAUACAAUGAUGCCAGUGGAUCUAAUCCAAAUUACUGUAAAUUUUGUCCUGAUGGUCAAACUACAACUAGGACCGGACAGUCACAAUGUGAAACAACAACUGUCCAACCUGUGAUCAAGUUGGUGAUCGUACGUGUCCAAUUGGUAUUUUUUGUAAAGAUCAGCUCGUGUAGUGACACGGUCUUAAACGGAAUCCUCACUAGACUCUCAUUGUCAUCUCGUAACACAUUUAUAAAUGCUAGAAUAAAUAAAUAUAAGAACAAAGAUCGUAGCAUCUGUAAUAAUGAGGACUGUGAUAACUAUAGUUUGAAGUUUGCUGACAACAAUCCUUGUACUUUGAGGGGUGCCGGACGUAAAAGACGACAAACUGGAACAACAGAUUAUGCUCUUAAUUUAGUUGCUGAGUUUAAGAAUGUUAGUGAGCGCACUGUUGACAGUGAUACUGGGGAUACAUUACCAACAAAAGAUGUGAUAAGUGAGAUUAUUGAAGACAACAAAGAUACCCUUUCACCAGAAUCUGAUCCUAAUGAGAUACAAUUUAGCAGUGCUGAAGAACCAACUGAAACUGUAAUAUGUGCUGCUGGCCAAAAUUCUGUUAACAAUCAGUGUGUUGAUUGUAAUACUGGACGCUACAGUGAAGAUGGAGUGACAUGUGAGCUGUGUCCUAAAGACACAUAUCAAGACAGGACUGGCGAGUCAUCAUGUAAGAGUUGUCCAUCACGAACGUACAACGAUGAUACAGGAGCUACUGAUGUGUCUGCAUGUAAAUCAUACUGUGUUAGCAACCCAAAUUAUUGUAACAACAGAGGUAUAUGCUCAGACUCGGGGCGACGUAGUGCAUCAUGUAGUUGCUAUGAAAAUUAUGAGGGUGCAACUUGUGCCACAAAGAAAGAACCAUCUUCUGACUUGCCAGCAAUAUUGGGCGGAGCUAUAGGUGGAGGCGGAGCUUUACUGAUAAUCAUCUUGAUAAUAGUGGGAGUGUUCAUGAAAUGUUCAAGAGACUCGGUUUCAAGUGGAAAGAGACAUAAGCAGUAUCAUGACCCAGAGUAUAUUCAGAAUGGAGCAUAUGACGGAACUUAUGAUAACUUUGGUUACCAUGGCAGACAGGUCCGUCCAGUAGCUCCGUACCCUUCUAUUGGUUAUCCAGCGCUUGGAUACAAGCCAGACCAAAGCUUUGAGGAAGCAGCAUAUGGCGGUCCAUAUAAAUACCGUCCGAGCAUUAAUGAAGAAGAUCUAGGUCAGAGGGACGAGGAGACGCGCUUCGUCUGGUCGGCAUAAUAUCAUUGACUGCAAAUAUUUGUUUUAGAAUACUCAUCAGUGUUUAUAGUGGUUAGAGAAAUUUUUAUACCAUGAUUUAAGAAUGUAAUUUUACUAACACAAAUUCUAUAUUUCUAACAAGUAUGAUUGAAAUACAAAAAUGUACAUGUAAUUAACAACUUUUUGUUCAAUCUCAAGUACAUGCUUAAAAGUAAAUAUGUAUUAAAAAUCAAAACUAUAACAGGAAAAUUUAUAAGCCACAAUUACUGGUUUUAUUUUUUUAAAUGUUGAGUGUUUUAUAUUCAACAAAGAAAAACUAUCUAGUACAGGUACAUAUAUACUCUUUAUACAUGUACAUAAGGAUAUGUAAAAAGCUUCAUAACUUGUAUAUAAUUUUCAUUUACCUAAAUCUUAAUAAUAUAGCCAAUUUUCAAGGCACUUACAUGUUAUCAGUUUUGUUCCAAAGUUAGUGUAUGUAAUAGGGGUGGGGAUUUCAUGUUUAAGUUUAGUGUGAAUUCAAGGCAUCUGUCUUGAACACAUUAUUCACUGUUGAAUAGAGAAUAAGUGAAUAAACAUUGUGCCAUAAUCAAAUGGAUUCUGAUUUUAUACUUUUUCCUUAAAAGAAAAUAUGUAUGUGCCUGAAAAUUUUCUUUGCUUAAACAUGUAUUAACUUUGCAGAAUUAUCAUACAUUUUUAAGGAAUAUUUUUCCACAAGGCUUGUACUUACCAUAAUUGAUCAAGCACUGAAGAUAUUUUUUUUUUGAUGUUAUGUAAUUUCAAGUUCAAAAUUUGAGGGUUUGUUUUUUGGUUCAAAUUGUGUUUACAUACUACAUUCUUGUUUGAGAAGACAAAAUAUUAUGUUGAAAAUAGUAAUCAUGUCAAUAGUUAAAUUUCACAAAACAGAUUUAGUUGAUAUUUGGAAAUAACUAUUUUUCAUAUAUAACAGCAAGUUUCUGUCAUCACAUGCAUUCAGAAUAUACAAAUUAUAAAUAUAUGAAACUAUAUGUCAAAAAAAUAUAUUUUAUUCCAUUUUUUUUUGCAAAUUUUCUAUUUUUAAAGACCUAUAAUUUGUUUAUUUAGUUUAUAAGAAUAUUCAAAGAUUAUAAAAUAUUUGAACAUAUUGUUGUUGUCUAUUCAAAUGGUAAAACUGCUGUGAUUUGUUUUGUUUGGAAGGUGGAAGAAAUGAUGUACAUGUAUUAAUAGAGUUGGAGACUUAAAAUGUUUAUAAACUGUUAAAAAAAUUGUUUUUGUGUUCAAAAUUUCUAAUCUAGAUACUCAAUUAUAUUGUAAACAUUUUGUAUAUCUUUUGAAAUAAAAAACUUAUAUUUUAGUA